GCCGCCAUUUUCCAUAAAACGUCAAGAAUGUUCUCUCUCAACAAACUGAAAGACCAGAUGCCGACGACGGCGUCGUCGAUGUUCUCCGUCUACGCCUCCAUCACCACAUUCAUGAUGCUGUUCCGCUCCGUCGCGAGCGACCUCAUCCCCGCCCCCUUCCGCUCCUACAUCUACAAAGCCCUGAAUUACCUUUUUGCUCCUCUCUUCUCCCGUGACCUCACUCUCGUAGUCGAUGAGCUCUCUGGCAUGACCCGCAACCAAGUCUACGACGCAGCCGAGGUUUACCUGCGGACCAAGAUCGGGCCCCACACCGAGCGCCUCCGCGUCAGCAAAGCUCCCCGGAAGAAGAACAUCGGCGUCGCCAUCGACAAGGACGAGGAAGUUUCCGACACCUUCGACGAUGCCGUCAAGCUCAAGUGGCGGUUUAUCUCGGAGACCAAUAAGGGGAAGAACGACAGUACAUCCGAAAGGCGGUAUUUUGAGCUGACAUUUCGUAGGAAAUACAUGGACAAGGUGAUUUCCUCGUACCUGCCUUAUGUUCUUGCUCAGGCCGACGCCAUUAAAGCAGAGGAGAAGGCGGUGAAGCUCUACACCCGCCACCUCUGGUCGAGAUACAACGACGAUGACGUGGCGAAUUCCGAAUGGGGGUCUGUGAACCUGGAGCACCCGUCGACUUUCGACACCAUGGCGAUGGACCCGGAGAUGAAGAAAAUAAUCGUGGAGGAUUUGGAGAGGUUUGUGAGGAGGAAGGAGUUUUAUAAGAAGGUGGGGAAAGCUUGGAAAAGGGGCUACUUGCUGUACGGGCCGCCAGGGACGGGUAAAUCGAGCUUGAUCGCCGCCAUGGCUAACUACCUCAAGUUUGAUGUGUUCGAUUUGGAGCUCAAUAGCAUUUACAGUGACUCUCAGUUGAAGAAGGUUUUGCUGUCCACUACCAAUCGUUCUAUUUUGGUAAUUGAGGACAUUGAUUGCUGCAGGGUGGAUGUUGGCAACCGGGAUUCGGAUUCGGAUUCGGACUCGGAUUCCGAUUCGGACAGGAGCCGGGUGACACUUUCGGGUCUACUGAACUUUAUUGAUGGAUUGUGGUCAAGCUGUGGAGAUGAGAGGAUCCUUGUGUUCACCACGAACCACAAAGACCGACUGGACCCGGCAUUGCUGCGUCCGGGUCGAAUGGACCUGCACAUUCACAUGUCCUAUUGCACCACAGCUGGGUACAGGAUCUUGGCCUCUAACUACCUUGGCAUUCAAGAACACAACCGCCAUCGCCUCUGCGGAGAAAUUGAAGGGCUGAUUGAGAGCACAGAGGUCACCCCUGCAGAGGUUGCUGAGGAGCUGAUGAAGAGUGAUGAUGCUAAUGUGGCUCUUCAAGGACUUGUCAACCUGCUCAAAGGUAAGAAGGCUGAGAGCAAGAAGAAGGAAACAUCGCUGCCGUCGGUUAAGAAGCAACAGCGGCACAGAAAAGGGAUCAAAAAGUUGCUGCACAUCCGUCUUCCAUGGUCGAAACCUGAUGCUUGUUGCCUGGCACCUCCCAUGUCCUAGUUUAAUGUUUCAAUCUUAGAUAAUUAACCCUUAAACCCUUUCGGAAAUCUCUGGCUAGUUUCAAGCUCUCUUUUGUGAAUCUUAUGUGAUUUAAGGACUUGCUGAACUUGGUUUUAUGAAUUCGUGAAUGUAAACACAGGAAAUUAGAUGGAAUUGCAGCACAAGAGUUUAACCUA